AUGAGUAAUACAUCUAGUAUAGUAGUAUUUUCACUGUCUGGCUUCAAUGCAACAGUCAACUACAGAGUCACACUUUUCUCUCUCACUUUAUUAAGUUACUGUGUCAUUCUGGUUGUAAAUGUGACUCUCAUUUUAACCAUUAUCCUGGAUGAAAAACUUCAUGAGCCAAUGUAUAUGUUUAUUGCAUUUUUGUCUGUCAACUCUCUGUUUGGCUGUACUGGUUUCUUCCCCAGAUUCCUCAUAGACCUUCAGUCUGAUACUCAUUUGAUCUCACGUCCUGCUUGUUUUACUCAGAUCUAUAUUAUUUACUCUUAUGCAUUACAUGAACUGGCCAUUCUGAGCAUUAUGGCCUAUGAUAGAUAUGUUGCUGUGUGUGAUCCCUUACAUUAUCACAGCAAGGUGACCCCUAGGACAGUCUGUAAGUUAGCAGCCUUUGCGUGGAUCUGUCCAGCCUUUUCUGUUGCAGUAUGUCUUUAUUUGGCCAUCAGGCUUCCUUUGUGUGGGAACAAGAUAGAAAAAAAAUACUGUGCCAUCUGGAAUAUUGCUAAACUGUCAUGUGUUUCCACUUUUAUCAACAAUAUUGUGGGCUUGGUUGUCAUUGCAACUGAAGUCAUCCUCCCCCUGAUCUUUGUCUUAUAUACAUAUUGUGACGACCGCUAG